AUGGGCUACGGAGACAUUGACAAGCUGGCCAUCAACACCAUCCGCAUUCUCGCGGUUGAUGCUACCUUCGCCAGCAACUCGGGACACCCCGGUGCUCCCAUGGGAUUGGCUCCCAUUGCCCACGUCCUUUUCCAGAACUUCAUGAGGUUCAACCCCAAGAACCCCAACUGGCUGAACCGUGACCGUUUCGUCCUCUCCAACGGCCACGGCUGCAUGCUCCAGUAUGCCCUUCUCCACCUCUACGGCUACCCUCUGUCUUUGGAUGACAUCAAGGCCUUCCGUAGCAUCGACAGCGCCACCCCGGGUCACCCCGAGGCCCACGACACCGCCGGUGUCGAAGUCACCACUGGCCCUCUGGGUCAGGGUAUCUCUAACGCCGUUGGUCUUGCCAUAGCCCAGGCCCACACUGCUGCUACCUUCAACAAGCCCGGUUUCGACCUGGUCAACAACUACACCUAUGCCUUCCUCGGUGAUGGCUGCCUAAUGGAGGGUGUCUCUGGCGAGGCCUCGUCUCUGGCUGGCCACCUUCAACUCGGCAACCUCAUCGCCGUCUGGGACGACAACGGUAUCUCUAUUGACGGUAGCACCAACUCCGCCUUCACCGAGGAUGUCGUCAAGCGCUACGAGGCCUACGGCUGGCACGUCGUUUCCGUCAGCCGCGGUGACGACGACCUCGAGGCCAUGCACGCCGCCAUCAAGGAGGCCCAGUCCGUCAAGGACAAGCCCACACUGAUCCAGCUCAAGACCACCAUCGGCUUCGGCUCCCUCAAGCAGGGCACCCACGGUGUCCACGGCUCGCCCCUCAAGGCCGACGACAUUAAGCAGGUCAAGGAGAAGUUCGGCUUCAACCCCGAGGAGUCUUUUGCCGUCCCCAAGGACGUCUACGACUUCUACGGCAAGCACUCUUCCGAGGGUGCCGCCGCCGAAGAGGAGUGGAACAAGCUCUUCGCCAAGUACGCCGAGAGCUAUCCCAAGGAGCACGCUGACCUCGCCCGCCGUCUCAAGGGCGAGCUUCCCGAGGGCUGGGAGAAGAGCCUGCCCGUUUACACCACCUCGGACCCUGCCAUUGCCUCACGCAAGCUCUCCGAGACCGUCCUCAGCAAGAUCCAGUCGGUUCUCCCCGAGCUGAUCGGUGGAUCUGCUGACCUGACGGGCUCCAACCUGACCCGCUGGAACGACGCCGUCGACUUCCAGCCCAAGUCCACCGGCCUCGGCGACUACAGCGGCCGCUACAUCCGCUACGGUGUCCGUGAGCACGCCAUGGGUGCCAUCAUGAACGGUCUGGCCGCCUAUGGCACCCUGAUCCCCUACGGUGGUACCUUCCUCAACUUCGUCUCGUACGCUGCCGGUGCCGUUCGUCUAUCGGCCCUUUCUCAGGUCCGUAACAUCUGGGUCGCCACCCACGACUCCAUCGGUCUCGGCGAGGAUGGUCCUACCCACCAGCCUAUUGAGACUCUCAGCCACUUCCGUGCCCUCCCCAACACCAUGGUCUGGCGCCCCGCCGACGGCAACGAGACCAGCGCUGCCUACUACGUCGCCAUCACCUCCAAGAACACCCCCAGCAUCAUUGCUCUCUCCCGCCAGAACCUUCCCCAGCUCCACGGCUCCACCAUCGAGAAGGCUCGCAAGGGUGGCUACGUCCUCCAGGAGGCCGAGAAGGCCGAUAUCACUAUCGUGUCGACCGGUUCCGAGGUGGGCAUCUGCGUUGAGGCCGCUCAGUACCUCAAGGAGAAGCACAACAUCACGGCCCGUCUCGUCUCGAUUCCCUGCUUCGAGGUCUUUGACCUCCAGAGCAAGGAGUACCGCCUUUCGGUCCUGCCCGAUGGCAUCCCCUCCCUGUCGGUCGAAGUCAUGAGCACCAUGGGCUGGGAGCGCUACACUCACGAGCAGUUCGGCAUCAACCGCUUCGGUGCCUCUGGUGCCUACAAGGAUAAGUUCGAGUUCACCCCUGAGGGUAUCUCCAAGCGUGCCGUCGCCACCGUCGACUUCUGGAAGGACGUCCCCAACAUUCGCUCUCCUCUCAACCGUGCCUUCCAGCAGAUU